AUGAGUAGCGAAGAAUGGGAUGAAACAGUAGUGUCUUUAGCAUAUGAGAUAAAGCAAGACCUUAUCAUUUUGGUAAAUAAAGUUACUGAGUACAUAUCAAUUUCAAAUCUGGUCUAUUAAUUUUUAGCAUUUGUUAUAAAAUUUGUUUUGUUAUACCUAGAUUGGAACUAUGUGGAAGGAUAUAAGCCCUGGUAAUCUGUGAUAGAAUUUAUCAACAAAAUGAAGGAGAUGCAAUUGAUGUGUUUGAUCUACAGGUCUGUUUAUUUUAUCAUAUAUUCUUCAACUUUACAGCAUGUUAGUUAAGAACUGUUGCUGUAUGGAAAGUGUUUUUAUAGUAUACUCCAUUUAUAUGUUAAUUUGGUUCUGUGAAAAUAAUUUUAAUGUUUAAAUUCCAAAUGGUAAUGCCUGCUCCGGUGGCAACUUUAGAACGUUGAAUCACUUAUUUUUUUGUUUCUUCGAAAGGUAGAUUUUUGUCUAUAGUUGAAAAUGAAAUAUAUUAUUUGUAUUCCAGUGUAAAGAAUGGGGACUGCAACUUUGUGAGUCUUUUGGCCCAUUACUUGGAAUGGGAGACUAUGGACACCUCGUUAUUCAACAUGCUUCAACGAUGAUGCGAUCGUUCAGAUCAAUGAAGGAAUUUAGUAACCAGGGAUUCGAAAGUUCGCAUAAGGCAGACUGUGGAUUAUACCAGCAAGCUACUAAUAAUGAUAUGAUGUCCAAAGACUGUUCAGGUUUGUUGUGA